CAUACAAUGGUUACAGCUCAUAAACCAUUGGCUUCUCUGCACCUGCUCAUUACUCUCAAAUGUUUUUAAGAAUCCUCUGAUUCCCAUUCUUCUCUUCACCGACACUCAUGUCUUAAAUCUUAACCCACUAAAGCAAAAGAGAAAAAGAAAAAAAAAAAAAAACAAAAGUAGGCAUAGUGAGAGAGACUUUACAGGCACAAACAGAUAGAAUGUGUUCUCUCUAACACGCAUUCUUUCCUCUAUAUUUUUGCCCGUUUCCUCAUUCUUGUAGUGUUUGAUAAAGAUAAAGAGUUGAAAGAGAUGGAAGAUUAUAGAAGUUUAUGUUCUAUCUUGGUUGUGUUCUUGCUACUGAACUGCACUAGAGGGGAAAGCCCCUACAGAUUUUAUACAUGGAAUGUUACUUAUGGCGACAUUUACCCACUUGGAGUGAAACAACAGGGGAUACUAAUAAACCGGAAAUUCCCGGGGCCUCAAGUGGAAGCUGUGACCAAUGACAACUUAAUCAUCAGUGUUUUCAACAGCCUGGAUGAACCAUUUCUGAUAUCUUGGAAUGGUGUACAACAGAGAAGGAACUCUUGGCAAGAUGGAGUUUAUGGCACUAACUGCCCUAUCCCACCAGGCCAGAACUUCACAUAUGUUCUUCAAGUAAAGGAUCAAAUUGGUAGCUACUUCUAUUUCCCGUCUCUUGCUUUCCACAAGGCUGCAGGUGGGUAUGGUGGCAUCACAAUUGCCAGCCGCUCUGUUAUUCCUGUGCCGUUUGAUCCCCCUGCUGGAGAUUACACCGUCCUGGCUGGUGAUUGGUUCAAUAAAAAUCACACUGAUUUGAAAGCGAUAUUAGAUGCUGGAAGUGAUCUUCCCUUCCCUGAUGGACUACUUAUCAAUGGUCGUGGAUCAAAUGGGUACACAUUCACAGUUGAUCAGGGCAAGACUUACAGAUUCCGGAUAUCAAAUGUGGGGCUUACAACUUCCAUCAAUUUCAGAAUUCAGGGUCACAAAAUGCUUUUGGUGGAGGUGGAAGGAACCCACACACUUCAGAACACAUAUGAUUCCCUUGAUAUCCAUUUGGGACAGUCCUAUUCAGUGUUGGUGACAGCUGAUCAACCAGCACAGGAUUACUACAUUGUUGUCUCAUCUCGCUUCACCUCUCAAGUUCUCUCUGCUACCUCAAUUCUUCAUUACAGUAACUCAGCAGGUAGUGUUUCUGGUCCUCCUCCUGGUGGCCCAACAACUCAAGUCGAUUGGUCUCUUGAACAAGCUCGUUCGAUCAGGCGGAAUCUAACAGCUAGUGGACCAAGACCUAAUCCCCAAGGUUCAUACCACUACGGAUUGAUCAACACUACUCGUACUGUUAGACUUGAAAAUUCUGCUCCAAUUAUCAAUGGCAAGCAGAGAUAUGCUGUCAACAGCGUAUCGUUCAUCCCAGCUGACACGCCUCUUAAGCUUGCUGACUACUUCAAAAUUUCUGGAGUAUUCAGCCUAGGAAGCAUCCCAGAUAACCCCACUGGCGGUGGUGCUUAUACCCAGACUUCUGUCAUGGCUGCAGAUUUCCGGGGUUAUGCCGAGGUUAUUUUCCAGAAUCCUGAAGAUACUGAGCAGUCAUGGCAUAUUGAUGGCCAUAAUUUCUUUGUUGUGGGGAUGGAUGGAGGGGAGUGGACUCCUGCAAGCAGGUUAACUUACAAUUUGAGAGACACAGUUUCUCGUUGCACUGUUCAGGUGUAUCCAAAAUCAUGGAGUGCGGUUUACAUGCCUUUGGAUAACGUGGGAAUGUGGAAUGUAAGGUCUGAAAAUUGGGCUCGCCAGUACCUAGGCCAACAAUUCUAUCUUCGCGUGUAUUCACCUGCAAAUUCAUGGAGGGAUGAAUAUCCGAUCCCAUCCAAUUCUCUUCUUUGCGGCAGGGCAGUGGGGCAUCGAACUCAACCUCUGUGAAACACUGCAAUGCAUUACAAGUGGGUGACGAUCUUGGAAAGGAGUUCUAGUUUUUUUGCAGGCUUAACUCAAGCCAUUUUAAUUCUGCUCUGAAUAGUAGUGAGUUCUGUGUUUAUUAAUUAGUACAUACAUUUCCUGAUGCAAGAAUGAUUUUCCUGA